UACCAUGGGUUCUUUUUAAAAAAAAAAUUUUUUUUCUUCCCCUGGACUGGGGAUUGAAUGCAGGGCCUUUGAACUGAGUUACAUCUCCACCACUACCUCCUCCUUUUUUUUUUUUUUUUUAGACAGGAUCUCACUAUGCAGCCCAGGCUGGCGUGGAACUUGCAGCAGUUCUCCUGCCUCAGCUUCCCAAGUGCAGGGGUUUCAGGCAUGUGCUACCACACUGGGUUUAUAAUCAGCAAUUUGGAAUGCAUCCUUCGUGUUUGCACACAUACAUGAAUUUAAAUAUAUAUACAAUUAUAUUACCUAUAGUUACAUGCAAACAUGCAUUUAAAUAGUUUUAACUGUUGUUUUUGGUCUUUUCUGAGGCACGGUUUCACUAGGUCUUGAAGGCACAGCAAUCCGAGUUCUGGGAUUACAGAUGCCACAGAUUACACAGCCUUCUGAGUUCUGGGAUUACAGAUGCAUGCUACCAAGCCCAGCUAGUUUUGACUAUUGAAUGCAUUUUGUUUUGUUUUGUACCAAGGAUCGAACUCACAACCUUGCACUUGCCACGCAGGUGCUUAUGCUGCUGAGCUAAAUCUCUGGCUUUCUCUGUCUUCUUGAGUCAGGGUUUUGCUGUGCAGUUCAAGCUGGCCUUGAACUCAUUUUGUAGCCCAGGCUGGCCUCAAACUCAGGAAUCCUUCAGUUUUAGCCUCCUGAGUGCUGGGAUUACAGGUGUGCACCAGCAUUGGAGGCUUGGAGAUUGGGGGGGGGGGGUCUUCCGAGACAGGGUCUUUCUAAGUUUCUUUGUCUGGCCCUGAACUCAGGAUCCUCUGCCUUAGCCUCCAGAGUAGCUAGGAGUAUAGGCAUGCAUCAGUGCACCUGGUUUAUGGUUACAGGAUUUAAAUUAAGGGUCAGAUUUUUUUUUUUUUUUUUUUUUUUUUUCCUUUUUGGUACCAGGGGUUGAACUCAUGACCUGUGCAUGCCAUACAGACACUUGUGCUGCUGAGCUAAAUCCCCGGGGGAGAUUUCUUCCUUAUAGUACUUUUUAGCCUGUUUUCCUAGUGUCUGUUUUGUUAGUUUGUAUUCACUCAGGAAUGUGUCCAUUUCCUCUAAAAGUGGAUGACUUUCCUUCCCCUAUGUUACUGGAGCUGCACAGAGAUGCAUUGCAGGGAUUCCCAUAAUCUGCCUUUAUGGUCAGUGCCCCAGUCCUUUCAUGGCUGGAGCCUUGUCCUUGGGUUUGCCUUCUCGUGCACAGACCAGCAAAUUUCCUAGGCUCCAUCCAGGAAUAAAAUUACUCCACUGUUACAGCAUAUAAAUUUUGAAUUGACCCUAUGAUGCCUCCAUGAACAUUGCAACAAAUGUUUCUUUUCCUUUUUUCUUUCUCUUUUCUUUCUUUCCCUUUAUUGUCUUCCUUCCCCUUCUGCCUCUCCAUUCUUUUCUUUUUUAGGUAUUGGGCCCUGAACCCAGGGACCAAAUCUGCUAACAAUGCGGUCUACAGCUGAGCUACACCUUUUUUUUUUUUUUUGAGACAGGGUCUCACUGUGUAGUUCGUUCUCGCGUUGAACUCACCAUAUAGCCCAGGCUGACCUUCAACUCUGAGGGAUCCUCCUGGCUCAAGUUCCUGAGUGCUGGAGUAACAGGUGUGCACCAUCAUGCCCAGCUAACAGUAAUCUUUUUUUGGCUAAUUUGAUUUUUUAUUUUUCUUUUUGUACCGGGAUUGAACUCAGGACCUUGAACUUGCCAGGCAGGUACUUGUGCUGCUGAGCUAAUUCCCCAGCCAUGGUACCUAUUUUUCUACCCCUUCGUCAAAAAAUAUUGAUCAUUUUCAUUUUGACAAACUUAUGUGAUUAAACUGUUCUAGUUAGCUGGGGAUUUAGCUCAGUAAAUUUAGCCUGGCUGGCAAGUGUGAGGUCAUGAGUUUGAUCCCCAGUACAAAAAAAAAAAAAAAAAUUCUAGUUAGCAUGUCAUCUUAUUUCUUUUUCUAUUUAUUUUUUUGUGGCACUAGUGAUCAAACUCACAACCUCAUGCAUGCCAGGCAGGCGCUUAUACCACGAGCUAAAUCACCAGCCCUACAUCAUUUUAUUUCUUUGGAGUCCUGCAUAUUUUGUGUGCUUAUUGGCACUUGCAUUUCCUCUUACAUGAACUGCCUGUUCACACUCUUUGCCCAUUUUUCCUUAGGUAAGCCCAGGAAUUUUACCCAUUACAUUGGUGGGUAAAUAGAGGCUUGGAGAGAGGGGCACUUCAUCAGAAGAAUGGAUAUUUAUUGCUUUACAUGUCUUUCUGGGAGGAGCUACUUUCUUGUCCAUUUGAGCUCUGAAAGAACAGGACAAGACCUCUUUUUUAGUUCACUUAGAUUUUCAACACCAAGCCAGGCUCCAGGAAUACAGCACGGACCAAAAUAAAGGAAGUGCCUGCAGCAUGGAGCUUCUGGCUGGCUAGGACUGAGGGCUGAGCGUGUGUUUCUGUGGGAGAGGCAAUAAGCAAAGAUCACUUUUGGGGCUGGGGUGUGGCUCAGUGGUACAGCAUGUGCGAGGCCUUCGGUUCCAUGUUUUUAGCUCAGUGUUAGUUUGCCAGGAGAGGCGGUAGCUUAUCAGGGUCUUGGGGGGGCUGUGUGCCGGUCCACUCCAUAUUGACAGCUGAAACCAGGGAGUAGGGGAGACUGGGCCAGGGCUACACAGGCCACCUAGUGGUCAAAAUGAUCGAAAUGAGUAGGGAUGACCUUUUAAAGAUUUUAGUACUCACCAAAAUAACAGCUAAUUCAGUGGUGCACACCUGUAAUCCCAGUAACACUGGAGUCUUAGGCAGAAGAUUGGAAAUUCAAGGCCAGACUAGGAAAUUUACAAAGAAAGACCCUGUCUCGAUUUAAAAAGGGGGGGGGUAGUUCAGUGGUACAGUGCUUGCCUCAUAUGCAUGAGGCCCUGGAUUCAAUCCCCAGUACCACAACAAACAAAAAACCUAGCAGCUCACACUGACUACUUAUUAAUGUCAGACUCCAUUCUUACCACUUUGCAUGUAGUCUUGCUGUUUUUUGUUUGUUUGUUUUGAUACCAGGGAUGGAACUCAGGAUCUUGUGCUUGCCAGGCAGGCCCUUAUGCCUCUGAGCUAAAUCCCUGGCCCAUUGAGAAGGUACCUUUUUUUAAAAAAUUUUUUUUUAGCUCAGGCUGAACUUGAGCUCACUUUGCAGCCCUGGCUGAUUUUGAACUCACAGUGAUCCUCUUGCCUCAGCCUCCUGAGUGCUGGGAUUACAGACAUGUUCCACCAUGCCCAGAUGAGAAAGUGACUUGAAAAAAUUUUGUUUUUGAUUUUUGAGACAGGGUCUUGCUAUGUGGGUCAGGCCAUGUAGCCCUGGGUGGCCUUUUACUCUCAGUAAUUUGCUUUCCUCAGUCUCUUGAGAUUAUUAGGCAUGUGCCACUAUGCCCAGCCCAAAAAAAAUUUUUUGAGAUAUGAUCUACUUAUCCCAGGCUGACCUCAAACUUGCAGUCACAUUUGAAAGACAGCUAAAAGCUGGGCAUGGUGGUGCUUGUAAGACUGUGGAUUUCAUAGUGGAGAACAUCCCAACCAAAAGGACUAGUCAGUGCAAAGGCCCUGAGGCUAGCAUGUGCCUGGCAUAUUAGCAGAACAUCACAAAGGCCAUGCGGCUGGAGCACUGAGAGGAAACCAGAGAGGUGGAAGGGACUGCCACAUUGUGUAGGGUGUGGGAAGCCAUGAGCACGAUUCUAGGUUUUACUCCAACUAAGGUGGGAGCCAUGGGAGAAUUCUGAACAGAAGAAAGACUUCCUGGUUUUUUUCAUGUAUGUGAGGGAGGGAAUGGUUAACAGCUCUUCUGAGUGUAAUUCAUGUAUCAUAAAGUCACCCUUGUGAAGUAUACAGUUUGAUGGUUUUUAGUAAUUUUACAGAUUUGUGCACCUAUCACCACAGUCAGUCGUAGAACGUUUCCAUCAUCCCCAAGAAACCUACAUUCUUAAGCUGUCAUCUCCCAGCCUCCCCAGCCCCUGGCAACCGUGAAUCUAUUUUUGUCUUGUAUAGAUUUGCCAGUCCUGGAUGGAGGUCUUGCAUAAACAGACUCAUACAAUCCGUGGCCUUUUGUGACUGGCUUCUUUCACCCAGAUAACGUUUUUGUGCUCAUCAGCGUGAUAGUGUGUGUCAGUCCCAGGUUUAUUUCCCUUGUGAAAUGCUAUUCCCUUGCCUAGAUAGCCUGCAUUUCCUCUGCCCUUUCAUCAGCUGGUGGAGCCUGGGCUGUUUCUGCUUUGAGGCUGUCAUGAAGGAAGCUGACUUGAUCAUUUAUGACCAUGUUUAGUGUGGGCAUGUUUUUAUUUCUCUUGGGCAUAUACCUAGGGGUGGGAUUGCUUUGUCAUAUGGUAGCUGCGCUUAACUUUUUGAGGAACUGCCCCACUGGUUUUUUUUGAGGGAUAGCUUGAGACAGGGUCUCACUCUAGUUCAGGCUGGUCUUGAACUCACUGUGUACCCCAGCCUGGCCUUGAGCUCUUGGUAAUCCUUCUGCCUCAGCCUCCUGAGUGGUGGGGUCACAGGCAUAUACCACUAUGCCAGGCUUACCAGACUAUUUUCUAAAGCCACUGCACCAUUUUUUAUAUCUCCAUGAAUAUAUGAAGGUUCUGGUUUCUCCAUAGACUAACUUUUGCAGUUACAUAUUUGGGGGUUUAGUUUUGUUUUUGUGGUGCUGGGGACUGAAUCCAGGGCCUUCACAUAGAGCUUCAUUUCCAUCCCCACCUUUUGAGAGGAAGCCUCAGUAUGUCAUUCAGGCUGGCCUUGAACUCACUAUGUAGCCUAGGCUGGGCUUGAACUCGUAAUUCUCCUGUCUCACUUUUCAACUGCUGGGAUUACAGGCAUGCACCACUAUGCCUGGCUCUGCCCUAUCUUCAUUUUUCUUUUGAGGACAGGGUCUUGCUAAAUUGCUCACUGAGGACAGCUCAAACUGAUAAUCCUCCUGCCUCAGCCUUCCAGAAUCUGGGAUUACAGGUAUACAGCAUUACAUCUGAGACACGAGGCCUUAGAUUUACACAGGGUCCUUCUGACUGCUCUGGGGAACAGGCUGUGAGGGCCAGGUGUAAAAGCCAGCAGGAGCCUCCAGGAUCCUCCAACAAGGAAGCCACUGUGAUAGCCCACGUGGACUAAGGUGAGGCAGAGGAAAAGCAUUUAGUUCUGGAGAAGCUUUGGGACUGCAUUGUUGGAAUUUGUGGCUACCUGAGUUGUGGAGUGAGCUGAGGGAGUCAAGGAUCACACAGGCACAUGCACACACACACACACACGCCAAAAAAAAAAAAAUUACCACCCAUUGAGAUGUUUAAAGCUGAAGUAAGGGAGGGUGUGGCAGAUGGAAUUAGGGGUGACUUUUGACACUUCGAGAUACCCACCAGACAUUCAGUAGGCCUUGGUCCUUGACUCUGGGAAUUCAAGGCUCCCUUUUAUUAAUCAUUCCUUGAAUCCGAGUCCAGAAUCUGAGUUUCUACCUCCAAAUAAGGGGGGACAAUAAUAUGACCGAGCAGUAGGUUGUCAAGGGGCUGGAGCGGUCCCAGUGCAACUCAAGGUGGGAAGGAAGGUUGUCUCCGGAUGGAAAGGCGGCAGGAGUCCUGUGACCCUCCCCCGCCUCUGCCCUUUGUCCAGGGGAGGGACGGAGGGAGGCAUGACUGGGGUGUCACCCUGUCUUCCCCGGCUCUGAGCUGGGUUUCCUCCUCAGGGCCUGCCCGGCCUGAUCUGCUGAUGAAAACCAGCUGCGGGAGGCGCCGGGCUCGGCAUACGCCCAGGCCCCUCCUCGGCGCCGGCGGACCCCGAUCGGUGGUGGGGGAGUGCCUUGGCUCCCGCUCCCCCAGCCCCCGCAGCCCGGCCCCGGGCCCUGGCACGUCCGGCGCGCCUGAUGCUUUCCAGAUGUGGGCCCUGCUCCCCAACCCAACCUGGCCCUGCUGCGCCCGUGGGGGAGGGGGAAAGGAGCUUGGCUCCCACUCCGGUAUUAAGAGGCUACCAGGAGCCAGUGUCCCCUCCCUUCCCGCGUUGCUUCCAGUCCAGGUUUUAAAAUCUGAGAGUUGGUUAGAGCUGGAGGUGGGGACACGUCUGCUCCUCUUGGACCUCCUCCUCCACUUCUUUUCCAGAGGCCCUCCAAGAGAAAAACCGAAGCCCCGCCCUCUAGACACGCCCACCCAGAGACCGCGCCCAACUAACCUGACCACGCCCCCAAGGCACGCCCCUUGCGCGGCUCUGCUGUUCCUGCGGGGUUGGAAGGCGCGUGGUGUCUGCCCGCAGCCGUCCCUGGGCCUUUCUCCUGUACCCUCUGUGUCUGUGUGUGUCCAGUCUCUCCUGUCCCCGUGUCGCUCUGCAGUCCUCUCUCCAUCUCUGAUUCCUCAAGUCUGUACCUCUCCAAGUGACCGUCUGUGUCCCUAACUGUGUCUCCGUCUUUCCCGCAUCUCUCAGCUCUGAGUUUCGCUGUUCAUCUUCCAUCUUCUGCCUCUGGUCCCUGGCCCCUCCAACUCCAGAGGUCUCCCUCUCCGUCCCACUUCUUUCUGCAGCUCCAGUCCCUGCUUCUAUCUCUCGCAGAGCCCGUGGUGGGCUCCCGGUCCUGAUGGCCUCGGCGCGGGUCGAGUGGCGCCUCGCGGGCCACGGGCGCCGCCGUGUGGUCGGCAGGAAGAUCGGGAGAAGCCCGAGGCCUGCCACGAGAGUGAAAGAGCGAGAGAGACGGUGGGGCCCGACAGUGACACCUGGAGGUGCUCUGCGACGUCGGGAAGGGAGGCCCUGUGACUGUGGCCUAGAGCGAUCAUGGGGGCAUUGAAGGGAACUGCACGUGUGAGCUACGUGCCGAUGACCGUGUGUGACACUGCGAGAUUAGAAGUGCCUGUGCCACAGGGAUACUGCAGGUGACCCUGGAUGGCAUGGGGGAUCAUGUGGUUUGGUCUGAGAGAGAUGCCUUUUGGGGACUCUGUGACAUUGAAAGACCAUAUUUGGAGAGACCUUAUGUGACACUACAUGGAGGGGUGGGGGACAAGAGUGCCAUUUGUGUUGUGGGGCAGGACGAGUGAAGGCUGGGGUCUACCAAGUGCUGGUAUCAGCAGGCAGGGUGAACAUGCAGGGGUCCUGGGGGUGGCAGACAGUGUGAGACGGGCUGUGAGAAAGUAUGUGUGACACGUGUUUCAGGGUUGUGACAGCCACUGAAGUGAGUAUGUACAACACUGGAGAUGGCUUCAUGGGGAUGCGUGAGACAGGGAAUGAGUGUGACAGCCACGUAUGACCCAAAAUGAAGCUCAGCAGUGUGUGCGAAGCUCUGAGGUUGAGAGUGAUUCUAUGAGACCCUGAGUCACCAUGUGUAACUAUGACACUGAAUGGUAUGUGUGUGUGUGUGAGAGAGAGAGGGAGAGAGAGAAAAAGAGAGAGACACAGAGAGAGAGAGACAGAGAGAGACAGACAGACAGACAGGGCCUCUCUCCGUGGUCCCAUGGUGGAGGAAAUGUGUAGGACUGUGUGCCAUCUCAUUGUACCAGAAGAUAUGUGGCUGUCCAUGUGCACUGUUGUACAGGUGGCAUGUCACUAUGUCGGGCACUGAGACUGCGGGAGAAGUUUAAACUGCAAGCCUGUCCGUGUGGCAUUUUGAGAAAUUGUGCCUGAGGGUGACAAAACUUAAUGGUACACUUCGCACCCUGAGAUGGCCUAUCUGCAGUUGUGGAAAUGGCGUCCUAUGCGGUGAGAGAUGGUAACUGUGUGUGGUGUUUGGAGAGAAGUUGUGAGCUUGUGUUGACACAGGUUUCCCAUGAAAGUGAGGCAGCCUGUGUACCCGUUAAGACUGUGUGCCCUUCACUUGGGGGACUUCCCAGGUAUGCUGUUGAGAGAGGCCGCCAGUGAGAGGGUAGCACUGGACAGCUCAGUGUGACUGCAUCAACAGGGUGAGGUGUGUACGAUGCGGUAAGGGGCUGUGUGGUACCGACGGGACAGGCUUAUGUGACUGUGGAACACUGGGUACCUCUGGAGGUGCCCAACUUUCUGUGAGUGUGAGAAACACCCCAAGAAAACAGGAGCGACAGAAACACAGGGGAGAGACAAAGAGAGACAGAGAGACAUAGAGAAGACCCAGAGAGACUCAGGGCUGGUGAGGGUGGCAGCUGCAGGAGAAGGCGGGCCCUGAGGGCUGCACCCCAGGGGAGGGGGCGGGGCAGGCUGGGGAGGGGACCAACCCGGCUGCGGCUCUCAGCCUCAGGCCUGCAGCCAUCCCAGCCCAGCCAUAAGCAGCAACAGCCAUGUCCAACAACAUGGCCAAGAUCGCCGAGGCCCGAAAGACGGUGGAACAACUGAAGCUGGAAGUGAACAUUGAGCGUAUGAAGGUGUCGCAGGCAGCGGCCGAGCUCCUGGCUUUCUGCGAGACGCACGCCAAAGACGACCCGCUGGUGACGCCGGUACCGGCCGCCGAGAAUCCCUUCCGCGACAAGCGCCUCUUUUGCGUCCUUCUGUGAGCCCCUCCCGACAGCUUACCCUUCCUGGCCAAACUACGAGUCCAAUAAAUUUGGUGAUUGUG